AUGGUCAUGUGCCAACAUUGGGUUAUAUUACAACUUUGCAUAUUCACUGAAACAUAUGAAACCGAUAACUUUCGACAUCGCAACCGGCGGUUCAUUGUUUUGACGCGCUUGAACCCCGCGUCGCCCACGUGCACUCGCCACCGGCCACCGCGCCGCAGUCUGUGGCUGGCGUCGCCCGCGCCGCACGCCACGCUCCUACCGAGGCCCGACUUAUCAACUUACGGGAUGUUAUCAUAG